GUAGUGUAAUUUAACAUGCCGUAAAAAAUACGUGUAAUUUAAAAGCAAACAGCCACCUUGGAUAAAAGGUUCUCAAGAAUUUUGUUAUUUGUGCGAUUUUCAGACAUUUUCCGAGGAAUUUUCACUGCAAAAGAGCCCCAUUGGCAGGUUUGAGUGCAUUGCAAGUGCUUCCUGUGCAUGCAGUAGACGUUUAUGUGGCAAGGAAGAGGCAGAGAAUCAAAUGGAAUUGACACUGUGAAUGAUGAACAAAACGAAAAAUCAACUGGAACGAUUGAGCAAUGCGGAAGUGGGGCGAUUGCUUGUGCAGUAUGGCUUUCCCAAUCAACCCGUGACGGCGACAACGCGAAAGGUACUCAUUGCGCGCCUCCGGACGCGUAUGGAGCAAGAUCAAAAGUUGCGCAGGGACACGUCGUAUGUGACGAGAUACUCAUCCGGGGAGGAAUCAGACAUUGAUACGGGACACGGCCGCGCCAGGUCAACACCACAGUUCAGCACAAUGCCCCCACCGGCAGCUAGGAAGCGUCAGAGUGCAUAUCCCACGGUUAAGGUGCCCAUUCAGCCACGGAAUUCGGUAUUUGUGCCGCCACCUAUUGUGGCAACGGACACUGAUGAGGAUUCAGACAUCCACCUGCCGCCUGAUUACAAGCACAACUCAUACGCCAGUAGUCGCCUGUCGGGCUUCUCCUUCCGGAAGCGCUACACGCCACAGGCGGAUACACCCGAUUCAUCGUACUUAGAUGUUGGUGGUGCGGCACGGCUGUCCGGCACCAAUACCUCGAUGUCGUCGAAUGGGCACAACUCAGCCGAGGAGUCACCGUAUCUCAGUGAGUUCACAAAGAGACUCCUUCGGUUACGCGGAGAAACUGUGAGUCAGGAGGCAGCUGCCACGAGGAGGAUCAGCAACAGAUAUUUUGGUAGCCCAAUGCCAGAAAUGAAUUCCUCCACAUCGACAAUCGAUAGCAUUGUGCACCAUGCACCGGAAACACCCACACAUCCUCGUUCCCCUGGGGCUCCGCAGCAGCCACAGAGUGUCCAGACUGCCCUGUCGAAUCUUAUGAGUCGCUUGGAUGAGCAGUAUGGCUUCAAGCAGACUCUCGUGCCAUGCCUCCUUGUCACUGCAUUCAUUGUCUUCAUCACGUUCAUUGUGUUUGCCUAUUUGACUAUUAGUCCCGACCUGGGGGCUACGCUAUCUGCUGAUACGGCCACCGUGGAUAUUUGUGAGGAUGCCGUGGCUGAAUCACGAUCCGGAUUGACGUGUAUUGGACGUGAUGAAGUGGAGCCGGCGCUGGAGAUGCUGAAAGCAAUUGCACCUGAACUGCAGGCCCGAGUGGAGGCGAGUAGGUGUCGGGAUCCCGAACGGGGGUUCACCAUGACGGCCACUGAGGUGAUUCAGGUGGUGUCACGAACAAAUCCCGGUGUGAGUGUAUCACGAAUUGUGCAGCAAAUGCACAAUAUGGAGUACCUGAUUGAGAGGAAUCCACAGUGGCGUGUGAAUCACGUCAAUAGGGACGGUGAUGCCCUGACAUUCAACGAAGUCGUCCAACUACGUGAAUCCCGUGGCAAUUGCUUUGGUAUCCUCAAUCCACGUUUACCGCUGAGUUGUCUGCUGCGGAGCAAAAUGCAGAAGUUCUUCCUCAUUGUGGGCACUGCGGCACUCUUGGGGGCAAUUUUCUACCUUGCGAAUCUCUUCCGGAAGUUUGUGAUUCACGUCAAGAGGAUGCGACAGGCAAAAACGGAUCGUAUUAUUGGGGAUAUCAUUAAUAUUCUCAUGGAACAGGCAUCCAAUGAGGCCGGUGGGUUUGUUGUUGUGAAUCAUUUGCGUGACAAAAUUAUCCCAAUUGCCCAGCGGAGGGAGCUGGAGGCAGCCUGGCAGGAGGCUAUUGAGUUUCUGGAGAAGAAUGAGAGUAGGGUGCAGUUUGAGAUUAUGUCACGCAACGGGGAGGAUUGCCGGAUGAUUAAGUGGAUUGAUAGCGUAACACCGGGGAUGCAUCACAGAAAUUCAGCAGCAGCUGGGGGGAGUACGGUGAAGAAGUGGCAGAGUCCGGCAUUCGAUAAGAGCAACAAGAUCAAGGAUCCACCGACGGCUUGCCUGAAAAUUCGGCAAAUGUUUGAGAAGUUCGAGGCAAACAAUCCCAAUCUCAAGACCAUCAUAACGGAUGCAAUUCUCGAGAAGGUGGGUCCCAAAUGCAAAAUUCUCGAUGUGCAACUGGAGAAGACAGCGUGCUGCGUGUACGUGCGCUGUGCCACACCCAAGGAUGCGGGGAUUGUGCAUGAUGAGAUCAAUGGUUGGUGGUUUGACAAUCGCCUUGUUUCCAUUAAAUUCCUGCGGCUCGAAAGGUACCAGAGUCGCUUUCCGAAAUCCACCGCAAGUGCGGCCCCCUUGAGGCCGUCAAAUUCAAAAAAUCUCUCCAUGAGUCAGUUCCUGACUGAGCCGCCGGACACCACCUUCCACGAUGACGACGAUGAGGACUAGAAAGAGGCGCGGACCACAAAAACCCGGUAUCAUAUUUUCUUUACAUCCAUAUCACACAUUUUUCGUAAAAUUUAUCAUUCAAAAUUACGCGCGAUCCCCUUUCAUGAGUUUUUUCCACCCCCGCCUCUCAUCUAACAUCAAGUUUUGCCCCAUUUCUUGGGGGCUAAUAAGUAGCAUUUACAACGGGAGCGGGGAUUCAAUCACAUUGUGGUUUCCGGAAACGCAGAAAGAAAAACUUUAAACUCUUCCCCCCACCCUCCCUGAGAGAGGAUUCAAGAAAUAUUUAAAAAAAGAAAAAUUGUGCAAAUUUAGGGGAUUUUCUAGUUGGUAAAAAAUGUUUUGUUCUUCUUCCCACUUUUAUCUGAAUGAAUAAAAAAAAAACUCUAUUUCUGUUUAAAAAUCAUCCCCCACAUUGAAUUUUUGACGAUGAAAAGAAGAACUUUUAGAGAUAAUAAAAACAUUAUAAGUUAGAGAUGGAUUAUUAAAAAAAAAGAAAGAAAAUUAAUUCUUAACUCUGUUGCUGCGAGGAACUUUUGAAGAUUUUUAAAUAAAAUUUUUUCAAUAACACCAA